CAAAUAGAAACCAAAAAAACAUUUAAACUUUUCCUUCUUUGUUUCAAUCUUUACAACAUUAUGAAAACAAAACAAUACAAACGUCGUAAAACUAAAACCAAACAUCGUAAGCCAAAAUACUUAAGCCUUAGUCUUCAACUGACUGCCACCACCCCACAACCACCAACACCCACCACCACCACCACCACCGUUGACCAUCACCAUGACCCAAAACAACAACAACUUAUAAAUCUUUUUCCGUUACACCCUGAAAAUUUAAUGGAACAAGAUAAGCUAGACAUGGCUUCUAUUUUCUCAUCUUGUGAUAAUGAUGAAGCCAACACUACACUAACUGGCAUCUUAUCUUGCAAUAAUAAUAAUAAUAUUAAUAUUAAUAAUAAUAAUAAUAAUAGUAAUGAAGAGGAUGAUGAAGAUGUAAAUACAAACAACAACAAUAAUCCAUCUCCAUCUUCAGUUAAUUAUGCAGACGAAGAAGUACAACUUGUACGGACGGCCAUGAGAAGAAAAAACUUCAAAACUGAAAGAAAUGAUCAUGAUGAUGAAAAAUGGGUUUAUUAUUCAGAAGUUGUGGAAAAGAAAGGUGUGAUGAUGAUUAAAGGCUUGUCAUCUUCUUCUUCAUCAAACACAACUACUACUAAUACUACUUCAUAUUAUCAUCAUAAUUAUGAUCAUCAAAAACAUCAUAAAAGAAGUAAGUUGGUUUUGAAACUUGACUAUGAAAAGAUUAUGAAGUCUUGGGUCAACAAAGGUCCACUUUAUAUUUCGGAUCUGGAUGCUCCACAACCACAAACCGUACCCGACUUACAAGAUGAAGACUUCUUUUUACCAUCUUCUAUCAAUGGCACAAAUUUUGAGGAGCGAGACAAUGGAGGAGGGUGUUGGACUGUUCCUGAAAUGAAACAUAUAGAAAACAAUGUUACAGGGAAAGGAAACAGAGACGAGGAAUUACAAGCAGCUAGCUUAAGUGCCGCAAUGCAUCAUAGAGAAGCAAGUGUGCAAAGGUACAAGGAGAAAAGACGUAACCGCUUAUUUACCAAAACCAUUCGCUAUGAAGUAAGAAAGCUCAAUGCCGAGAAACGCCCACGUAUUAAGGGACGGUUCGUGAAAAGAAUCUAAGCAAAAUUAGCUUGUUAUAUUUUUGGGAACAAUAUGAAGGUAAAACCCAUUUUAAACUGGGUUUUGGGUAUUUUAACACUAUAAUGUACAUGUGUAUCUUGUAUUGCAAAAUGAAGAUAAGAAAAACGUAAAGUCGUUACAUGUCUUCAUCUUUUAUUUAAUAAGCAGGUAAAAAUGUAUGUUUUCUAGUGUUAUGAUUAUUGAUGAUGAUGUUCGGUUCUA